AAUCCCGGAAGUGGUUUCGCUCGCUGUUGUUUGUUUUCGUUGCUCCGUGUUUCCGUGCCCUUUUUUCUAGUCUAAGGUUCCCUUUUCUUUCACGGGCCGAAAUGGCAACGUUUAUUUCUGUCCCGUUGAAGAAGUCGUCCGAGGUGGACCUGGUGAAGCCGCUGUCCAAGUACGUGACGGCCGCGUACCCGGCGGGAGAGGAGCAGGGCGAGCACGUCCGCGCCGUGGAGGAGCUGCACAAGCUCCGCAGGAGCGCCCUGGGCCGCCCGCUGGACAAACACGAGAGCUCCCUGGAGAUCCUGCUCAGAUACUACGAUCAACUGUCUGCUGUAGAGGCAAAGUUUCCCUUCUCUGAAAACCAGCUCUGCUUAACUUUCACAUGGAAAGAUGCUUUUGACAAAGGAUCGCUGUUCGGUGGCUCUGUCAAACUCUCUCUGGCCAGCCUGGGCUACGAGAAGACGUGCGUGUUGUUCAACUGCGCCGCUCUGGCCAGUCAGAUCGCUGCAGAGCAGAACAUUGACAACGAUGAAUGUCUGAAGGCUGCUGCCAAAUACUACCAGCUGGCCAGUGGAGCGUUCAGUCACAUUAAGGACACGGUGCUCUCUGCGCUGAACAGGGAGCCCACCAUGGACAUCUGCCCAGAGACCGUGGGCACGUUGAGCCUCAUCAUGCUGGCCCAGGCACAGGAGGUCUUCUUCCUCAAAGCCACCUCAGACAAAAUGAAAGACGCUGUCAUUGCGAAGCUGGCCAAUCAGGCGGCAGAUUUCUACGGCGAUGCCUUCAAGCAGUGCCAGUACAAGGACAACCUUCCCAAGUAUUUUUAUUUUCAGGAAGUGUUGCCGGUGCUGGCGGCGAAGCACUGCAUCAUGCAAGCCAAUGCUGAGCUGCACCAGAGCAUCCUCGCCAAACAGAAGAAGCGCUUUGGAGAGGAGAUUGGACGCCUGCAGCAUGCAGCAGAGCUGGUGAAGACAGUGGCGUCUCGUUAUGACGAGUACGUAAGCGUGAAAGACUUGACUGACAAGAUCAACCGAGCCCUCACUGCUGCCAAAAAAGAUAAUGAUUUCAUCUACCACGACCGCGUGCCUGAGAUCAAGGACUUGGAGCCAAUUGGCAAAGCAGCACUCGUCAAAGCCACCGCCAUCACGCCUCCGCUCAGCCAGAAAUUCACAGAUUUGUUUGAGAAGAUGGUUCCCAUGGCUGUGCAGCAGUCCAUGAGCGUUUACGGCCAGAGGAAGGCCGAGACUGUAAACAGGCUGGUGGGAACAAUGAGGGAGGCGACCAAUCUCUGCAACGGGGUGUUGGCAUCCUUGAACCUUCCCGCUGCUCUGGAGGAUCUGUCAGGAGACUCCAUCCCACAAUCCAUUGCUGAGAAGGCCAGAUCCAUCGUGGAGCAGGGGGGACUGCAGAGCAUCGAGCAGCUGAUCAGAGACCUGCCGGAGCUGCUGACCCGCAACAGAGAGAUCCUGGACGAGUCUCUGAAGAUGCUGGACGAUGAAGAGACUACAGACAACGAGCUAAGAAGCAAGUUCAACCAGCGCUGGAACAGAACCCCAUCUGGAGACCUCUAUAAGCCUCUCCGUGCAGAGGGUGGAAACUUCCGCAACAUCUUGGACAAGGCGGUGCAGGCCGACCAAGUGGUGAAGGACCGCUACAGCACCCACUGUGACAUGAUUGCCCUGCUGUGUAAACCCGAGAAUGAGCUCAACGCUGCCAUCCCGUCAGCCAACCCGACCAAGACCCUGCAGGGCAGCGAGGUAGUCAAUGUUCUGCGCUCCCAACUCGCCCAGCUGGAGGAGAUGAAGAAGGAGCGGGAGACUCUGGAGGGAGAAAUCAAGGCUGUGACAUUCGACAUGUCCUCUACCUUCCUGACGGCGCUCGCCCAGGACGGAGCCAUCAGUGAGGAGCAGCUGUCGCUCUCCCACCUCGACAAGCUGUACGGCAGCUACAACCAGAGGGUGCAGGCCACCAUCCGCACGCAGGAGGAGCUGCUGGGACAAGUUCAGACCUCCCACCAGGAGUUCAGCAGCCUGAAGCAGUCCAACACGGAGAGCAACCAGAGGGAGGACAUCCUGAAGAAGCUGGCUUCGGCUCACGACAGCUACGUUGAGAUCAGCAACAACCUGCGCGAAGGCACCAAGUUUUACAACGACUUGACAGAAAUCCUGCUCAAGUUCCAGAACAAAUGCAGCGACAUCGUUUUUGCCCGCAAGACAGAGCGGGAUGAACUGCUCAAGGAGCUGCAGCAGAGCAUCGCUCGAGAGCCCAGCGCUCCAUCCUUCAGUGUCCCCGCCUAUCAGAGCACUCCCGCCGCCGCGGCCCCCGGCCCAACCCCUGCACCCAGAACCGUCUUCCAACCCCAGCAGCAGCCCCAGCCAAAGCCUCAGCCUCCCUCCAGACCGCCUCCUCCAACCUUCACCCCCCAGGCAGCUUCCAUGACCCCCGCCUCUCCAGCACCCAGUGGUCCUCCCCAACCUGUGGCCCCAGCCGCGCAGGGACCGCCUUACCCCUCCUACCAAGGCUAUCCGGGGUACUACCAGAUGCCUAUGGGCUACAACCCGUACGCGUACGGCCAGUACAACAUGCCCAACAUGCCCUACAUGCCCUACCAGACGCCCCCGGGGCAGGGAGGAUACCCGGGAGCCCCUCCAGCAGGACAGCCGUACCCCGGCUACCCCCAGCAGCCCCCUCAGCAGCAGCCUUACUACCCUCAACAAUAACUCUCUUCUUCAUCCCCUCACUUCUCUUCUCAAAUGUUUAACACCAAAUAAAAUAUGUCCCCAGCAAUAACACUUAGUCUCCAUCAGCCUGUCCUCGUCUCACCCGGCACCUUCUCUCACUAACAGCAGUUACAGGACAGGGGACCUCCAAGCUGCUUUGCACUUUUCUUUCCCGUGAAUGUUUAUUCUGUCAUUCAGAAAUCUUUUCUUUUCAUCUCCUCGGUUUCAGACCGCACCUCCUUUCAUCUGAGCACUAACCCCCCCGUGCCUGUGAGGUUGUGUAUCUUCUAACGGUUGUGUCGAUUGGUUUAUUGAAACCCCCUAACCUGUUUCUGGUGAUAACUGACUGAGCUGGACUGAUGUGAAACACUUGCAGACGAAUAGCAGAAUGGCUCCUCCCUUCCUGGUUUUGGAUUGUUGGAUGUGUUGGUGGGCGGGUAUGACUAGUCCCUCCCCUCCCCACCAACUCAACUCAACCCUCACUGCUUCUGUAUCAACUAUAAUCCUAUUUUUGUAAUGAACACUGAUGCCUCAUUAUGUAUAAAAAUGAAUGGCCUGUAGGUUUUCUACUGACUGUUGAGAGUUCUGCUUUCUUGUUUUGCUCUACUUCUUUCUCUCUUCCACCAAUGGGAACGUGGGUUUUCUUUCUGCGAUACAAUCAAAGGCUGUACAAGUGGGAUAAAUAGUUCUAUCAUAUAAAUAUAUGUAUAAAUAAGACUCUGUAUGUGGUUAACCUUGACACUUUGUGUGCUGCUCUCAUGCUCUUUGUGUUAUUUUUAUUCUUUAGCUCUAAUGUGAUUAAAAACUGCCAGCCAGA